UCCAUGAUAAUCACAGAAGGAAAAAAGAACAGGAAACAGCCCAGUCUGUAAAGAAAUAAUAGCUGUAUGUCUAGCUUAAAAAAACAUUGUAGGCGCCACAUGGGACUGUUUAUUAAACAUCAAAUAACCAAAAAAUGGGGGAGAAACCCUAUAAAUGUAUGGCUUGUGGAAAGAGCUUCAGUCACAGCGGAAACUUCAAUUCACAUCAAAGAACCCACACAGGGGAGAAACCUUAUAACUGUGGGGAGUGUGGGAAGAGCUUCAGUCGGAGUGCAAAUCUACAGUUACAUCAAAGGACCCACACAGGGGAGAAACCCUAUAAAUGCAUGGAAUGUGGGAAGAGCUUCAGUCGGAGUGGACAUCUAUAUUCACAUCAAAUGACCCACACGGGGGAGAAGCCCUAUACCUGUGGGGAGUGUGGGAAGAGCUUCAGUCGGAUUGCAAAUCUACAGUUACAUCAAAGGACCCACAUAGGGGAGAAACCCUAUAAAUGCAUGGAAUGUGGGAAGAGCUUCAGUCAGAAUGGACAUCUAUAUUCGCAUCAAAGGACCCACACGGGGGAGAAACCCUAUACCUGUGGGGAGUGUGGGAAGAGCUUCACGCAAAGUGCUCACAUAGAUUUACACCAGAGAACCCACACAGGGGAAAAACCAUAUAAGUGCAUGGAAUGUGGAAAAAGCUUCAGCCAUAGUAGUGCCCUAAGGUCACAUCAAAGAUCUCACAUGGGAGAGAAGCCACAUAAAUGUAUGGAAUGCGGGAAAAGCUUCAGUCGGAGUGAACACCUCCAUUCACAUCAAAGGACCCACACGGGGGACAAACCAUACAUGUGCAUGGAAUGUGGUAAAAGCUUCAGUCGGAGUGGACAUCUCCAGUCACACGAAAGGAUCCACACGGGGGAUAAACCCUAUAGGUGCAUGGAAUGUGGGAAGAGCUUCACUCAGAGUGGACAUCUAAAUUCACAUCAAAGAAUCCACACGGGGGAGAAACCGUAUACGUGCAUUGAAUGUGGGAAGAGCUUCAGUGACAUGGGAUCCUAUGCAAAACAUCGGAAAACCCACACAGGGGAGAAACCGUACAGAUGCAUGGAAUGUGGGAAGAGCUUCAGUCAGAGCACCAGCCUUAAUUCACAUCAAAGAACUCACACAGGGGAGAAACCCUAUCAAUGCAUGGAAUGUGUGAAGGGCUUCAGUCGAAGUGGUCAUCUGCAUUCACACCAUAGGACCCAUACGGGGGAGAAACCAUAUGAGUGCAUGGAAUGUGGGAAAACUUUCAGUAACAGUGGGUCAUGUACUAGACAUCAAAGAAUUCAUGUGGGGGGAAAAAGCAUUUAGAUCCAUGGAAGGUGGAAAGGUCUUCAGUCAGAGUGGGCAUCUGAAUUCCCAUCGAAAAACCCACUCAGG